AGAUGACGCAGCACGAAUACGGUCGCGCUCUGGAUGCCACACAUGUCGAUUACGAAAAGUACGAUGCAAGGCCCGUUCUGGAUCUCUGGAGGAUGCUCGGAAACAAGCCUCUAUAUGCUCCAAUUGCAACCGGCUAGGGCUUAGCUGCCGGUGGCAGCCCCCAGCUCCGGGCGAGAGAUUCUCCCCUCCGCCAAAAAGGAGACACAUGAUCGGACGGCGUGUCUCGCGUCGUGCAGAAAAAGACAAGUCUUGUUCGCCAUCUCUAUCUACACAAUUUUUGAAAGAUGAUGCUGCUGCCCAUACUCUGGAAAAGAAUGACAGUCUCUCUGUCUUCAAAGAGCAAACAGACCAGACCGGAACUCCUCUCUCAGACCAGAGCAAUAAUGCCUCGAGCCAGCCACAGAGUGACCCCUUUGAGCUACUCGAGGGCACUCAAUUUUAUUUCGACGCCGGUCUGGAUUACAGGUCUCUGGAACUAGAUCUCUCUGGUGAAGGUCUGGACCUCAUUCCCUUGCCAGUUGUUCCUCCCUCUGCGCUGCACAGGCCGAACGAUGCGCAAGCAUUCGUCAUGAAUGAUGCGUUUUCUUUAGAGGAAAUUAGUAAUGACGUUUGGCAAACUGGAGAGCUGUCAACAGACUCAGAAGAGCCAAUGCUCCACGCUGCAAAAGCCAGAGGCCCCUCAGUGAACGAAGACAACAGGCAGUUGAUUCAGCAUUACUUGGAGGUCAUGAAAGGAUAUGCCAAAGUGGACGAUCGUUCCAAAGACACAAAUAAUCUCUUCAUAUCGGCCUUUUCAAAAUCUUUAUCCUUUCCACCACUAUUUUAUGCCAUUCUGUCAUUCUCAGCUUCUCAUCUCUCUAUGGAGACUCCUACCUACUGCGACCAAGCAAAGGUUUACGACCGUCUGGCACACGAGUCGUUUAACCAGUUCAGACAUGAUGAGAGCAGCACUAUGGACGGGUUGCUCUCAGCUCUCUUCGUCAGAGUCAAACAAAUACACGUAACGGCUGGAAGCAUCGACACCUUUUUCGAGCUCAUUGCCGCUGCCAUCGACAUUGUUCGUACCGAAGAAGUUGAAAAGGCGCUUGCAGAUUCAUCUAGUCUAAUCAGACGUAUUGUCAUACGCCUGGCUAUUUUGGAUGCGCGAGCAUCCCACUAUGGGCUAGGUGGUGGGCAGCUCGUCCAGCAUCUCCAGAAUAUUCCCACAAUAUCCUCCAUUUUUAAAGGGGAGAUUGGACAAACUGCAAUAGUUGGUGAUGUGAGCAGCCUCCUUCGAGCCGAUUCUUUCCGCAUGCAUGUCGCAAAGCUUGAUAUGAGGAUACAAGAACAGCUCAGAAAUGAGUUUGCAUCUCUUACCCCAGUACGAACAGAAGAGAUCAAAUCACUAUACAAGUCUAUCCAGCGACAGGCUGAUCUAUGGGAAGCAGAAAUUGUAGAGGAUAGCGAAGAAGACGAUAUAGAAGACGUAGUUGAGGAGGAACAGCUCAGCUCUGCCACAUAUGGUCGAUUUACCGUCUUAUCAGCUCUACACUCGGCUCUGCUAUAUCUCUAUACGGUAUAUCCGCUGCCUUCGUUUGAUCCCGAAGCUUCCGUUUCUAGGAUACUUCAUUACCAUCUUAAGAUUCGAUACGAUCCGUCGAGAAGUAAUUCUCCUUCUUCGAUACUGCCAUCUUCAUUGUUCCUUGCCGGGAUUUGUACCGGUGACCCAAUUCGUCGAGAUUGGGUGAUUGAACGUUUUCGAGAGGGUGAAGCUUGGGGUGUCUAUAUUCGAAAAGCAAGAGAACUUCUUCAAGCAAUUGUUAAGGUACGCAAAAAGGGAGGCAAUGCUGAUGUUCGCAGCGUGAUGGACCAAGUAACUGGGAGGUUUAUUAUUUGACCUAAUGGUCAGGUAUAUUUCAUAUGGCCACGUAAUACAAUAAUAUGCCUGAUUUAUC